UCUUACUUAUUAACCGCAUCAAAAAAUUUCGACUUCACCCUCGUUGGGCUCAACGGAUGUCGAUCGCGCGAGUUGCCGCUCCGGAUCAAAAUCGAAACCCUAGUCUCGACUUUUGUUGCUAAUUCUUGCUUCGAUUGUCUCGCCAUUCUUCCAUUGCAACGAGGAAAGUUGAGAUCUGCUCUGGAUUCUCUGUGAUUUUUCCUCUUCUUUCUUCGUCUGCCGCGAUCGCUGCUUUCGAGAAGGGAUUGGUUGCAGAAGGAGAGGAGGAUAAGGAGUAGUGUGCAUGCGCCGGUUGCUCCGCGGGGAUAUGUUGCCCCUACCGUCUAACUUGGUUUCUCGCCAUCUCGUGGUCUCGUCUCUGCCUUCUUUGCCGCCGGCGCCGCUUCCAUUGCGGAGGGAAAGAAUCGUUGGUCUCUGAAAGCGUCGGAAGUUAUGAGCUUGAACCUGUGCUUGCUUUAGGUUUCUAUAAGUCUGUAUAUUGGGGUGAUUUUUGAGUUGAUCUCUCUAUACAAUGGAUUCUGAUCAAAUUUAUUGAUUUGUGCCUGAUUAGAAAAUAUGAUUUUGAGUAUUCUUUUGAUGGAAACUAGGUCUGAAAUUAUUGGGGUUAGCUAGUCUAAAUUGUGUUCAAGAGGAUGCAGACAGGAAGAAAUCAGGGAGGCACAUCUUUGGUAUAUAGUGCCUAAUGAGCUAGAGGAUACUUCCUUACUGCAAGAUUAUAUGGAGCUUCUAUCUCCUUGUGAAAAAGAAAAUGUUCUAUCUAUCAAAGGAGAAGCACUUAAAAAAUGUGCUAUACUAUCUCGUGUGUUGGUCAGGACCACUCUUUCAAGAUAUUAGAUACUGAUUGUAAAGUGAAUCCAAGAUUGUUCAAGUUCAGGAAGAACAGAUUUGGAAAGCCUGAGGUAGAACAUCAAAAUGGUUGUCUCUGGGUUCCACCAUCCUUGCAAUUUAAUAUUUCACAUACAUCCUCCAUGAUUGCUUGUGGCGUCACAGUAGAUGUGCCUAUUGGCAUUGACAUCGAAGAAAAACGAAGGAAACCAGUGAAUAACAUAUUGUCUCUAGCUCACCGUUAUUUUUCCCCUUAUGAAGUUCAAUAUUUGGCUUCUUUUAUGGACCCUGAGAGUCGGCAAAGUGAGUUUCUUAGACUGUGGACCCUUAAGGAAGCCUAUGUUAAAGCUCUUGGAAGGGGCUUUUCUGGUGCACCCUUCAGGGAUUUUACAAUUCGGUUUGAAAAAAGCACAGACUCAGUAGUUCCUGAGCGACCAAAAUCAGAAGAAUUCAGAAUAAUGAUUGACACAGCUUCUGAUUCUGUAAACCUCACUGCUAACUGGCAAUUUGCACUGGUUGAACUCUGUGGUUCUCAUCUAGCUGCAAUUUGCAUGGAAAAGGAUGAAAAUAUGCCAGGCACAGAACAAGAAUUCCUUAAGUUAAAGGUCUGGAAGACUCUUCCAUUCGUAGAAGACAAAUGCUUGUCACAAACAGAUGCAGUGAUAAAUAUUAGUGGAUUAUGUUGAACUAUUCUUAUGUUGCCGCCAAAAUAUUGUGUGAAGAAGUGAAAGGGAUGACAGCCCUAUGUGGACGAUCAUAUUCAGAAGAAGCGGGUAAUUCCAUUCUCAAAUUUCUAUUAAUUUGAAGGUGGUCUACGAGGAAGUCACAGAAAGAGAAUCUGUCUGCUCUCAGAGGUUUUCUUUUAUCCCGACUUGUCUAAUCCCAAAGCUUGCUUCCCAUUCUCUCUUGCUGUUCUUUUCUCUCCGUUCCAUCUCUAUAUAAAGCCUAAAACUACAUCAACAAGACACCUCAGAAAUGAGCGGACCUCAUUGUUCUGUUUUAUUCCUUUGUUUUUGGUCAACUCUUCUGCUCUUUCUCUGUGCCAAUAAAAAAUAGCCUUACGUUAUUAUCUUUAA